AUGGAGAACGCGCACACCAAGACCGUGGAGGAGGUGCUCGGCUAUUUUGGCGUCAACGAGAGCACCGGGCUGAGCCUGGAGCAGGUCAAGAAGCUCAAGGAGCGCUGGGGCUCCAACGAAUUGCCAGCAGAAGAAGGGAAAACCUUAUUGGAACUUGUAAUUGAACAGUUUGAAGAUUUAUUAGUUAGAAUUUUACUGCUGGCAGCCUGUAUAUCUUUUGUCCUGGCCUGGUUUGAAGAAGGCGAAGAAACAAUCACAGCUUUUGUGGAGCCUUUUGUAAUCCUGCUCAUUUUAGUGGCCAAUGCCAUUGUGGGCGUGUGGCAGGAAAGAAAUGCUGAGAAUGCAAUUGAAGCUCUUAAGGAAUAUGAACCUGAAAUGGGCAAAGUUUAUCGACAGGACAGGAAGAGUGUCCAGCGGAUCAAAGCCAAAGACAUAGUUCCUGGGGAUAUCGUGGAAAUAGCUGUUGGUGACAAAGUUCCUGCUGACAUAAGGCUGACGUCCAUCAAGUCUACUACCUUAAGAGUGGACCAGUCGAUCCUCACAGGUGAGUCUGUCUCUGUUAUUAAGCACACGGACCCUGUGCCUGAUCCCCGGGCUGUCAACCAAGAUAAGAAGAAUAUGCUUUUCUCUGGCACAAAUAUUGCCGCUGGAAAAGCCAUGGGAGUGGUCGUUGCCACUGGCGUGAACACGGAAAUUGGCAAAAUCCGUGAUGAGAUGGUGGCGACCGAGCAGGAGAGGACGCCCCUACAGCAGAAGCUGGACGAGUUCGGGGAGCAGCUGUCCAAAGUCAUCUCCCUCAUCUGCAUCGCCGUCUGGAUGAUCAACAUCGGCCACUUCAAUGACCCCGUGCAUGGUGGGUCCUGGAUCCGAGGUGCCAUCUACUACUUCAAAAUCGCAGUCGCCCUGGCCGUCGCAGCCAUUCCCGAGGGGCUGCCCGCCGUCAUCACCACCUGCCUGGCCCUGGGGACCCGCCGAAUGGCCAAGAAGAACGCUAUCGUCAGGAGCCUGCCGUCCGUGGAGACCCUGGGCUGCACCUCUGUCAUCUGCUCAGACAAGACUGGCACUCUGACCACCAACCAGAUGUCCGUGUGCAGGAUGUUUAUUCUGGACCGAGUAGAAGGGGAUAGCUGCUCUUUGAAUGAGUUUACCAUAACUGGGUCAACAUACGCACCCAUGGGAGAAGUGCAUAAAGAUGACAAACCAGUGAAGUGUCAUCAGUAUGACGGUCUUGUAGAGCUGGCCACCAUCUGCGCCCUUUGUAAUGACUCUGCUUUGGACUACAAUGAGGCAAAGGGAGUGUAUGAAAAAGUCGGGGAAGCCACAGAGACUGCCCUCACUUGUCUGGUUGAGAAGAUGAACGUCUUUGACACGGAGCUCAAAGGCCUCUCCAGGAUUGAACGCGCCAAUGCCUGCAACUCGGUUAUAAAACAACUGAUGAAGAAAGAAUUCACCCUCGAGUUCUCAAGAGAUAGAAAGUCAAUGUCUGUCUAUUGUACACCAAAUAAGCCGAGCCGGACGUCCAUGAGCAAGAUGUUUGUUAAGGGAGCCCCCGAAGGCGUCAUUGACAGGUGCACACACAUUCGUGUGGGGAGCACCAAAGUUCCCAUGACUUCUGGGGUCAAGCAAAAGAUCAUGACGGUCAUUCGGGAAUGGGGCACUGGCAGAGAUACGCUGCGCUGCUUGGCGCUGGCCACGCACGACAGUCCUCCCAGAAGAGAGGAGAUGAAUCUCGAGGACUCGGCCAACUUUAUUAAAUACGAGACCAAUCUGACUUUUGUCGGCUGUGUGGGCAUGCUCGACCCCCCGAGGACCGAAGUGGCCUCGUCGAUCAAGCUCUGUCGGCAGGCUGGCAUCCGCGUAAUCAUGAUCACCGGGGACAACAAGGGUACCGCCGUGGCCAUCUGCCGUCGGAUCGGCAUCUUUGGCCACGAGGAAGAUGUCACUGCCAAGGCUUUCACGGGCCGUGAGUUUGACGAGCUGAACCCUUCUGCCCAGAGGGACGCCUGCCUCAAUGCCCGCUGCUUUGCCAGGGUGGAGCCUUCCCACAAGUCCAAGAUUGUGGAGUUCCUGCAGUCCUUUGAUGAGAUUACCGCUAUGACUGGGGACGGUGUCAAUGAUGCCCCAGCCCUGAAGAAAUCUGAGAUCGGCAUUGCCAUGGGGUCUGGGACUGCAGUGGCCAAAACCGCUUCGGAGAUGGUGCUGGCAGAUGACAACUUCUCCACCAUUGUGGCGGCUGUCGAGGAAGGACGCGCCAUCUACAAUAACAUGAAGCAGUUCAUUCGCUACCUCAUCUCUUCCAAUGUUGGGGAAGUCGUGUGUAUUUUCCUGACUGCUGCUCUAGGUUUUCCUGAGGCUCUAAUCCCUGUCCAGCUCUUAUGGGUAAAUCUGGUGACAGACGGCCUCCCAGCUACAGCCUUGGGCUUCAACCCUCCCGACUUGGACAUCAUGAACAAGCCGCCCCGAAAUCCCAAAGAGCCCCUCAUCAGUGGCUGGCUCUUCUUCCGCUACCUGGCCAUCGGAUGUUACGUCGGAGCCGCGACUGUGGGGGCGGCCGCGUGGUGGUUCAUUGCUGCUGAUGGUGGUCCGAGGAUUACCUUCUACCAGCUGAGUCACUUCCUGCAGUGUAAGGAGGACAACCCGGACUUUGAGGGCGUGGACUGUGGGAUCUUUGAGUCACCAUACCCCAUGACGAUGGCGCUGUCUGUGCUGGUGACCAUUGAGAUGUGCAACGCGCUCAACAGCUUAUCGGAAAACCAGUCUCUGCUGAGGAUGCCACCUUGGGAGAACAUCUGGCUGGUGGGCUCCAUCUGCCUCUCCAUGUCCCUCCACUUCCUCAUCCUCUAUGUAGAGCCCCUGCCGCUCAUCUUCCAGAUCACGCCUCUGAAUGUGACCCAGUGGCUCAUGGUGCUGAAGAUCUCCCUGCCCGUGAUCCUCAUGGAUGAAACCCUGAAAUUUGUGGCCCGUAACUACCUGGAACCUGCAAUACUGGAGUAACCGCUUCCUAAACCAUUUUGCAGAAGUGUGAGGUUGUUUUGUUGCGUGCAUGUGCGUUUUUUUUAGCAACAUCUACCAGCCCUCUGCAUGUGUGAUGUUGGGGGGAAAAAAAGGAAAAAAAAAUCCUCUCAAGCUCAUUGUGUGUGAUGUGGAGGACGCGUGUGACCGAUGGGGUUUCACUUUUUAAAAAGAAUCAGUUACUACUUUACAAACGUGCAAUAUAGCUUAACAAAUCCGAAAACCUUCCCAGGAAGUUUGGGUCUUUGCUGUACGGAGAUUUGGGUCUUUAAAAACUUCAGCCGACCAAGAAUUAGGAGUCGGCAAGCAAGGUUCCCUAUUUCUUCCUGGAAUAAAAUGCCAUAGCUUAUGUAAUGUACAAAUCCUCAGUUGUAAUGCAUGCCUUCUGUUGUAAGUAGCCAACCUUCUUGUACGGUCUCAUCGAAACGUGCUACUUUCUAAACAGCAAUGUACAGUAUGCUUAUUUAUAAACUCAUGGAAAACACUACAGAUGUUGAAUGUUAAAAAUCAUAGCCAGCCCUCCAGUCCAGAACUUAAGUUUUUUUGUUGUUGUUUUUUUUUUAAAUGUGUGCAAACAACUCUUUUUGCACUGUAAUAAUGUAACUUAUUUAAGGAAAUCCAAGCAGUAGACAGAUGUUGGUGCAAUAAUACAAAUAUCGUGAUGCGUUUAUCUUAGACCUAAUGCUAAAAGUCCACUUUUGAUCACAAACGCAUGUUGGACGUUAGAGACUGUAAAUAAAGAUGAGUUGUUUAUUUCUGUGCUCAGAACAAUAAGCAUCACAGCCAUCAUGGUUUCAGGUAAAUAAAUUUAUUCUACAAUACA